AAAUCAUGAAGAGUUCCUGUGGUUGAUUAUUCUUUCAAAUGUGAAGAAUGGCUUAAAUCCAGCUACUUCAAAAUUAGUGUUUGGACAUCUUACCAUUCAAGUAGAGAUGAAAAUAUAUGACAAGUGGAAAUGUGUUCCUGAAAGUAAUUGAAUGAAAUAAGAAUCAACUUGAAUGCAGCAUGGGAAUGUUUUGUUCAAUCAUUAGAUUUGAAAAUCUCUAUGAACUGAAAAGACUAUGCCACUGGGGACCAAUCAUAGCACUUAGUGUAAUAGCAAUAUGUUCUGCCAUGGCUAUCAUUGAUGCAGUCCUGUGGUACUGGCCUUUGGAUACAACAGGAGGAAGUAUUAAUUUCAUCAUGCUCAUCAAUUGGACUAUUAUGAUCCUUUAUAACUACUUCAAUGCCAUGUUUGUUGGCCCUGGAUAUGUUCCUAUUGGAUGGAAACCAGAAAAUGCUCAGGACUCCAUGUAUCUUCAAUACUGUAAAAUAUGCCAAUCUUACAAAGCACCACGUUCACAUCACUGCCGAAAAUGUAACAGGUGUGUGAUGAAGAUGGACCACCACUGUCCAUGGAUUAAUAAUUGCUGUGGAUUUCAGAAUCAUGCUUCAUUUACACUCUUUCUUCUGCUAGCCCCUCUGGGGUGUAUUCACGCUGCUUUUAUUUUUGUCAUGACCAUGUAUACUCAGCUUUACAACAGGGUCUCCUUUGGUUGGAGUUCUGUGAAAAUUGAUAUGAGUGCAGCCAGGAGGGAUCCCCGCCCAAUAAUUCCUUUUGAGUUGUCUGCAUUUGCUGCCUCCUUAUUUGCCCUGGGACUGGCAUUAGGUACUACACUAGCGGUUGGAAUGUUGUUUGUUAUCCAGAUGAAAAUUAUUUUAAAGAAUAAAACUUCAAUAGAAUCAUGGAUUGAAGAAAAGGCCAAAGACCGCAUUCAGUAUUAUCAAACAAAAGAAGUCUUUGUAUUUCCUUAUGACCUGGGAAGCAAAUGGGAUAACUUCAAGCAAGUCUUUACAUGGUCUGGAAAUCCAGAAGGAGAUGGCUUGGAAUGGCCUAUAAGAGAAGGUUGCCAUCAAUAUAGUUUAACGGUUGAACAGUUAAAACAGAAAGCUGACAAGAGAGUGAGAAGUGUACGGUACCAAGCAAUAGAAGACUAUAAUGGUGCCUUUUGCCCUGUCACGAAAGGUGUAAGGACUUUCUGUACGACUCCAUGCACUGAAGAGCCUAGAAUUGUCCUUCACAUGGGAGACCACAUUUUAGCCACCCGAGGACUGAAAGUAUCUUAUUUCAAUUUCAUAAUGUAGUUUAAAUGCAUUUUAUGUCUUAAGUACAUUAUUUUCAGUGAUUCCAAAUGCAAAAUCCAUAAAACUGUAACAAAAAUUUGAGAAGCCAAUCUGAAAUAGUUUAAUAUGAAUUCAGCAGACUUGGAGGACAGGAAAUUAAGGAAUUCUACUUAUGAAAAUCUGUGAUACAAAUCCCUACUUAAAGAUAGAAAGCUACUAUGCCAUUAUACCAAACAGAUAAUUUGUCCAUUUUCCAGCAUUUUAGAAUUUAGAGUAUUCCCAAAAGUGUAUCUAGAAACUAAAAAAAUGAGUUGAUUUAAACGGCUGGAUUAAACAAUUAAGAAUGCAGUUUUAAAUAUAUUUCCUUGGAGAUGAUGAGAUAUACUUUAAGUUUGACUUCUGUAGGUUUGUGCUAUUAGGAACUUCAUUUAUUUUCAAGUUGUUAAAAAAAGGAUGGCAGAUGCUGUCAUAGAAGAAACAUUCCUUAUCCUUUCACAUGCAGGACAUGAUGCUUUAAUUAAACUUCUACAGCAAAAUGGUUAAUAUAGACAAAAUCUAAGUCAUACCUUACAUCUUGAAGAAAAAUUGUGAAAAUUGAAAAAAGAGGAUGUUACACAGUUUUUGACAAAGCUCAAGAGUACAUCAUGAUGGGACAGGGAGGAAAAAUCUUCAAGUGGUACAGUUUUUUAUUU